AUGGUCACCGGAAAUUGCACCGCUAAAGCAACUGAUGACUUCUCUAAGCACAUAGAUGGGCAGUUGCUGCGAGUGAACGCUCUGCUGGUGGCGAGCACCAUCAUGAUAGGAGUUAUGGUCGGGAUGGGUGCCUAUGGUCAGCGCUACCGCCACCAUCCAUUGACCAGCUUCCUCUUCCUUGGUGCCAACAUUUUGUUCCUGCCCCUCCUCUCCUAUGUUGUCUCUACCAUCGGUAAUGAAGACCCUGUCGCUCUUUAUUCAUCUGAUCUACACAUCAUAACAGGGUGGUGUGACCCACAGGACCACAUCAUCUCUGUCUUGAUGUGGGCUAGUCUUGUUCUGAUUGCUGCCGUCAACACCACUGCCGUAGUUGCUGGUGAUGAUGACAAGAAAGGCCGAAACAUUGGCCCUCCUGCCACAGUACUGCUUAUUCAAGCAAUAUGGACUUCCUACCUUACCAUUGACUUCCUGGGAAAGGGUUAUUAUACAAUGCAAAAAUGGUCCUUAAAAGUGGUGGCGCCUGAAGACGUAUUGAUCCUUCUUUCACCGUUUGCUCUUAUUGUUGCCAAACUACUUAUCAAAUAUUAUGCUUGGUACAGUGCAAGAGGGUCAUUAGCGUUUGGGCGCAAUUCUCACCUCAUUGUUGGAUACAUGGAGCAGCUAAAAGAUGAAAGCCCACAUGCUGAGCUGGCCCUUCCUCCACUCAUAGUUACAGGAGAGGACACAACACUGGUACAGAAGGAGCCUCAUGGUUAUAGUCUCAAAUGGUUAUUCAACCAAGCUGACAGGACAAGGAUAGACAACAACGGCUUAGUGACCAUUGACAAAGUUUGGCGGUUGGAGGAUGACAUACUUCUGAGGUCUUCAAUGAAGCAGUUGAAAUAUUUAUGUUUCUCAUUUGCGUUGUUCAAGCUCCUAAGAUGUCGAUUCGCAAGCCAUACAAUUGCUGAGACUAGUAUCAUCAAGGCCCAUAACUUAUUGCCACGCGUGUUGCUCCAAGAUGGUGAUGAUGAAAGAGCAAUUGAGGUGAUCGCAGAUGAGCUUUGUUUCCUUCAUGAUUAUUAUUAUUCAUCUCUCCCAACCUCAUACUCAAGGAGUUGGCUGCCCAUUUUAAGCAUAUCUAUUUCACUCCUAAGCAUGGGUUGGAGCUUAUUCUAUAUAUUGGAGAUAACUUUUGCGAAUGUGGGCUAUACUUCAUGGGGAUCAUGGACAUGGAAUGACCACCGACAGAUUCACUGUCAAAUGUAUUGUGAUUCUGGGAUCUGGUUAAAAUAUGGAAGUACUUACUUCGAUGAUGCACCGGUGUUUUUACUUGCGGCACUAGUUGUGCUUGCUGAGGUGCGGGACAUUGCUUCUUACAUCUGCUCUAACUGGACUAAAGUAGUCAUGAUCUGCCACUAUGUUAGGCAUGCUUCUUCUUGGCAACAAUCACCUUGGAAGAAGAAGUUACUUGGUCGUCUGUUGCGCUGCAAAUGUAGGCUGCUAAAGCAUUGGGAGGACAAAAUGAAUCAGUGCUCAGUAUUUGCGCUCCACCCAAGCUCAACUCCAGUGGCUCUUCUCCGGCGCUUAAUCCCUCUUCUUUACAGGAAGAAGGUACCAAGAGCGGUGAAGACCGCUAUCCUCAAGCCAUUGAGAAGCCCCAGUUAUCGCCCAAGCAAUGGCGUGGCAUCCCUGUGCACAAGACUACAUCUACAGGCCGGCAACAACCCCCUCUCGGCAUCCAGUGACGUGAAAGGUGUAGCCUCUACCAUGCUCGUGGUCCACAUUGCCACGAGCAUCUUGGAAGAGAGAUCGGAGUCACACCAGCCCGAGUCUGCUCAUGAGACGGUUGCCACACACUUGUCACACUACUGUGCCUACUUGGUGGCCUACGCCCCCGAGCUACUCCCCGACGACAACCAGUGGUGCAAGAGCUUGUACAGGGCCAUCCAGAAGGAAGCCAAACAUGCAAUCGUGGUUGCUUGCCGCGUCGGGGUGGCGUUGAAUCCUGAAGGGCUGUCACAGGCGCUGAGCGCAGGGUCUGAGGCGCAACACGACCUGCUCAAGAAUGGUGUAGAGCUCGGGAGGAAGCUGCUCAAGAAUGGCGCCGAGCUCGGGAAGAAGCUGGUGGAACUGGCAGAGGGUGAAGGAGAAGAGGUGGCCUGGGAGGUCCUCGCCAACUUCUGGUCCGAGAUGAUUCUUUAUGCCGCUCCGUCAGACAACGUCGAUGCUCACGCAGAGGCCAUUGCGCGGGGCGGCGAAUUGAUAACGCUCAUUUGGGCAUUGCUCACCCACCUUGGGGUCGUCAGCCGGCCAGAGGCCGCUCCUGCCAUGCCUAACGCUCCUAGUGAUGUUUAA